GUGAACCUGUUGGACUACCUACUUCAUUAGCGGCAGGCUGCUCUGCCAUGGCUGCAAUAACACCUGCGCACCUGUGUGUGACUUUGCUCAUAUACAUGUGGGCGUUUGCUCCGAUCUCUUCCUCUGAAGAUAUUCUGAAGGUAAAAGUGAUGCCUGGAGGUGAUGCCCGUCUUCAGUGUCGGGGUGACACUGAAGACGUCAUCAUGUUACAGUGGGGAAGAUCUGAUCUGAACAAAGGUGAUUACGUCUUCUUCUUCAGAGAGAACCGACCGUAUGAAUCCCUCCAGUAUCCAUCUUUUCGUGGUCGAGUGCAGCUGAUGGAUCCACAGAUGAGGAACGGAAACGUUUCUGUGAUUCUGAAGAACGUCACCACCAACGACACUGGAACAUACGAGUGUCGAGUUUCAACUAAUGGCAGAAGACGCCGUAAGAGAGCCAGCAAGUUCACCCACAGGAUCCAGCUGACCGUCACUGAGUCAGACCAUGUUCAUGAACGUCACUCAGCUGGAAAGACCUUGACUGAAGAAGGCAAGGAUGAAGGUGUCCAGGAUGGAGGAAGCAAGGCUGGAAAAGUUGGAGCAAUAACAAGUGUGGCAUUGUUUGUUGUUUUUGGUGUUGCUUUUCUGCUCCAACAGAAACGUAAACUACAGGCAGAGCAGCCUGCCGCUAAUGAAGCAGAGGCCCUGAAUACAGGAGCAUAAGGAUGAAUGCAGUGUAAUGUAAUGUAUGAUUAUAUAGUUAUGAAAAUAUAAAUAUGAAUGGAUGAUCUCACUUAAAGCGAUGGUUCGGCUGUAAAGAAUAGUAAGUGUUAUAAGUAUGCUGGGUCACUCAAUUUCAGGUCAAACUCACCCAACCUAUAACUCAGCCUGAACCCAGCAGUUUUAAGAGUGUAAACCACUUUGAAGUAAAAGAUAUGUAUAACAUAUAAGUAUAAAAUGUUUUUGCAUAAUUUAUACUAUACUACUGAACAUAACUAUAGAACCAUAUGAUUAUGACGAAAACACAAUAUAUAUAUAUUUUUUUUUAAACAAAACUUAGUGUUAUACUGAAUUACCUUUUUUCUAUGGUUUAUUCUUGAGUAUAACUAAUAUAAAGACAUAGGUGACACUCCAAUGAACAUAUUUUCCUACUUUGAAAACCUCAAACGUCUUUGUCUAUAUAUCUUUUGUGUGGCUUCAGUUUUUACACUAGUGUUGUUGAACUGCCAAAGCUAAACUGAAAAUAAAAGACUCUUUGUUUCAGAAAA